GUUUGUGUGGCGGGGGGGGGGGGGCGAGGGGAGCGUCUCCCGUGACGCGGCUGGGGAGCAGCGCGAGGGUGGCGUGACGUGCUUGGCGUCGAGGCGGUUGGGUUUGAAUUUGUUCGGUUGAAAGUCGCCUCGCGGCGGCCGGCGAGCGCAGGUUUUGAACGUUCAAGCCCCACCGGCGGAGAGCGCGGGUGACACGAUGGCUGGAUUGGUGCAGAAACCUAUAAUACAAUUAACAGGAUUCAAGCAUCCUGAAAAGGGGAUCAUUGUCAAGAUACUUUCUCAGAUGGACUGUGUUUAUCUUCAUGAACAAGAAUAUAGGGAACAAUGCACUCAUGUUGUAGCAAGUCAACCAAGUCGAAGUGAAAAAUAUUUAGCAGCUUGUGCUGCAGGAAAAUGGAUUUUAACUAAAGACUAUAUCAUUGAUAGUGCCACAAGUUCAAGGUGGCUCAAUGAAACUCAGUAUGAAUGGGGAUAUAAAAUCCAGGAUAAUUCACAACAAUAUCCUAUUAAAAUGGGAUCUGUACCAAAGAUAUGGCGAGAAGAACUGUCCAAGUCUGGUAUUCCAGGAGCAUUUCACAACUGGAGAGUAGUGCUUCUGAUUCAUGAUGAUGCAAGAAGAGCUAUCUUUAGAAGGGUCCUACUUGCUGGAAAAGCAAUUGUGUAUCAGCGACCAAGAAAAAGUUAUGAAAUUACACAUGUCUUAACAGAACACAAGAAUUAUUUUGUGGAGAAACAACAAAAUUCAUACAAGGCACCUUACUUUCCAGUCGAGUACAUUGGACAGUUUAUUAUGCGGGCUUCUGUUGGUUCUCAAUUAUCUAAUGAGGGUAUUAAGGCAUCGUAUCUGAAUAAGCAGGACUUUGAUCUCAUGUCAACCUCGUUUAAAGACUCCAUACUAGAUGCUACAGGAGGGCUGCAAUCAACCUCAUUUUCCUUCCAGGAAACUAAUCAAAAGGAAUCACCUGACUGCAAUGAGUCAAAAACCCAGAAUGCCGCCUUAAAGCAAAGACUGCAGGUGUUCCUUACUUCACCAGAGGCAAUACGAAGCAAAUAUAUACCGUCAGGUAUCGGAUGCUGUUUGCGUACCUCAACUCCCAGCAACCAUCAGAUUCAAUCUUUGAAGUUCUCUGGAGUUACAAUUGAUAGAAUAGAAGGUAUUUUGGAGGGACAUUUCUAUAUGGAAGCAUUGAAAGAGAUCCGCUUCCAUUUGUCGUCCAAGUUCUUUCCACCUUCAUAUCUUCUGCAAUCUCUUCUACAGCAGGUUCUGGAGGGUAAUGCAGAUUUACAUUUUUUGCAUGAGUUUAUCAGCAUUCUGCAAGAUCUUGUUCUUAAUCACCCUCCCUGGAAACAGUCAUCAAUGGUUAGUUACUACAUGGAUAUUCUUCAGUGUUCAAGCUGUAAAAAAGGAAGCUCAUUUCUAUUGGAAUCAAUUGUAAGGUCCUGUGUUUAUGAUGAAGGACCUUGUCAUUGUCUCUCCAAUCAAGACCUCAGCCUUUCAGAACUGAAACCGUUUUAUAGGCUGCUAUUGAAGUACUACUUUGACUUGUUUGAAGCUGAAUUCGAAACAUUAAAUAAGAGCUGUUUUGAAAACCUAAUUCCUGGGUGUUCUGAUUUUAUACCUCAUUCUGUUCUCGGACAACUGUUGUUGGAAUACAUGGAUGUGAUGACCAAAUCUUUAGCUGUUUUAUUGGAGUGUGUUCUUCAAGCAACAAGAGCAGUAGUUAGGAAACCAAAUGACAAAACUACAUACGAAACUGCCUAUGUGUUACAUGGUAUAUUGGGAGUUGUUGUGGAAUAUCGACUUUUGGUAAACAGGUUACGUGGGAAAUAUUUUCCUGGCCAAACUUGGGACGAUUUAAUGUUCUACAUUCAUGUAUGUUGUCAAGAUUUGAGUCAAAAGGAGAUCGAGAUGUUGAUUAAACUAACUCCAUCGCCCUGGCUUCAACUGUUUGUCACACAAGCCAUUUAUAGGCAGCUGUGUUGCCACAAUGGAAUUGAAUUCUCUGAGAAAUCCUUCUCACUUAAACAAAUUAUCUCUUCAUAUUUAAUGGCCCUGGGGAGGCUGGGCGGUUGUAGGCAAGUGGUGGUGAAGGACCCCAAGGGAAAGAAGAUGGGGCACUGGCCUUGGCCUGAACCUUUGAGGCCGUCACUUACUCUAACUGGUGACAGGCAGAAGCAAGUGGAAAUGCUGGGCAUUCUAGCGAAACAGAAUUGCCCAUUAGUAACCAAGAAGUAUUCUUUUCUGGAAUCCGACAGCACAAAUGAUAUUCAAUAUAGCCAAACAGAUGUGUGUAAAGUAAAUUUGAAAGGAGAAAUACACCUGCACAAUGACUGUGUACAGCAUAAAAUGGAAAAGGUCAGCAAACUUCAAUCAGUGACUGAUACUGACAUCAAUCUCAAAGGAUCUGUUUUGCCACAGCAACAAGACCGCCUAGGAAAAACACCCCGAGAACAUAUUGAUUGUCCACAGCUAAAGAACAAUCACUCUGCUAUUAGUGAAGUUGGAAUAGUGGAAGCUGCUGAAAGCAAAUUUGGAAAUGUGAAUACAGACAUUAAUCCUCCUCAAACUGAGCCUAGUACUUAUCUGUGGUCGAUACUUCUGAAGAACUACAUUGAUAAUCAUAACUUAUCUUUAAUUUGGCACGAGUUGAAUGAUGAAAAUUCAACUUUGAAUCGAGUUUCAUUUGCAGGGAAGGAUGGGUUUGAGAAUCUCUCCAAAUGCUUUCCCGGCAAGCUGAUGGUGCAGUAUAUUGAAGAUAUUAAAGUCUACGAGGAACUUCCAAAGUAUAUCCAGCAGGUGCUAGAUAAUCUGAGGAACACUUCUGUGGUACUUGGAACACAGACAGAGUUCCUGUUAUUGCAUAUGGAGUCCAUGGUCGUUAAAUUUUAAUUCUGAAACAAGAAGACUAUUUUGAGCUACUGUAAAACUACCGAUAAAGAAUAUUUGAUCUACGGUGGAAAUAUUCUCUGAAUAAGGACUAACAUGAAUAGAAUUGGAAGGUGAACAUGGCAGCAACUUUUGGAAUGUUCCACAAUUAACCAUUUAGUGUAGGACCAAUUUUACCUGGGGGAAUGUUCACCAGUUUCACUGGGUAGAAACUCCUUUCUCUCUUCAAAUAAAACCAUGGGAUCUUUAACAUCAACCUGAAGAAACGGAUGGGACCUCAGACAAUGCAGCAAUCUUUCAGAACUACACUGGACUGAAUUCAGUGUCCCGAAAUGGAGUUUGAACCCAGAACCUUCUGA